AAGAAAACGAGGAAGAAGAGAACAGCGAAGACGGAGAAAACGGGGGAAACGGAAAACUUCAAAGCAGUGAGGAAGCUCAGCCCUGAUGCUGCCAAAAGAGCGAAGAUAUCGAGGAAGAGGAAGACCACCAUGAUGAAUUAUGGGAAAACUUACUUUUACGAUGACCUCAAUGACGUCAUAUUUACUAUACAAGAGUUGAGCCAUGAAGAACAGUUGAUAGAGAUUAGGAACCGGCGGCACGGCAGGUUCAAAGACGCGCAAUACACGUGCGACCUGUGCUACCGCGGCUUCAUGCACAAAUAUGCGUUCGACAGGCACAUAGCGGCGCAUGCUAACAACGUCGGCUCGCACGAGUGCGGCGUGUGUCGCUUCCGGUUCGGCAGCGCCAAGCAGCUGGAGGUGCACACGGCGGCGCGGCACGCGAACAAGUUCAGCUGCAACCUGUGCGACUUCACCACCACGUCCAGUGAGCCGGCGCGACAGCACGGCAUGAAGCACCGAGGCAUCAAGUACCAGUGUCCUCACUGUUCCGAGGAGGCCAUUCGGUACACAGUCCUGAUGGACCACAUCGCCAUCAAGCACACGCCGGAGAGCCUGUGCACCGUGUGCGGGCUCAAGCUGCUCAACGACGAGGAGUUGGAGCGGCACAAGCAGGUCCGGCACAGCGGCGCUGUGGACUGGGAGAACGCGACGAAGUGCACCAAGUGCGACCUGGUGUUCUCGUGCGUGGACGCGUACCGGCUGCACCUCGGCGUGUCCAUCAAACACGACAGCGAGUUUAUCUCGGAACACUUGAAGGCCCGAAAGAACCAAGAAGCGGACUUUGAAAGAACCGCCAGUCAGUAUAAGAAGUCAGAAUUCGUUGGACCGCUCACUUGUGAACAGUGUGGCGAGUCGCAGCCCACUCUACGCAAGUACCACGCUCACUUCCGUCGCGAGCAUCCGGACAAGACGCGCACCUUCUACCCGACCAUGAAGAAGAAGAUCAUGUGCGAAACGUGUGGCCGGUUCUUUAAAGCCCAGUGGCAGUACCUAGAGCAUUUGCGUCUACACACCAACGAGCGGCCGUACGCGUGCGACAUAUGCGGCAAAACGUUCAUCACCAACCGGCUGCUGGGCGCGCACCGCUACGUGCACGGUCUGGGACGGACACGGCCCGACAUCCGGUGCACUCUCUGCGGGAAGAGCUUCGCCAACAGGGGCAACCUGCAUCGACAUAUGGGCGUGCACUCGGACGAGAAGAGAUUCAAAUGCGAGAUCUGCAACACGGCGUAUCGUCAGAAGGCCGAGAUGAAGAGCCACUACGACCACGUGCAUCUGAGGAAGCCUUGGCCGAAGCGACAUAGGCCGAAACGUGACGAGCGACGCGGCAGGAGGAGAUCGGUGGAGACUUCAGAGGACGACAAUUCGCAGACAGUCAUAGAAGAAGUGGUUGAAGAGAUGGAAAUUGAAUACUGAACAUAUCGUUAUCAACCCAUAUCCGGCUCACUGUUGAGCUCGAGUCUCCACUCAGAGUGGUUAGGCCAAUAGUCCACCAUGCUGGCCCAAUACGGAUUGGCAGACUUCACACUAUCACAUUACUAUAUAUAUAUAUAUAUAUAUAUAUAUAUAUAGUACAUCCUGUUUCUAUUACAUUUUUGUUGUAAAUAGUUGACACUUUUUUUUUUAAAUGGUCAUAAAUAGGGUUGUUGACUUAUAUCAAAGGAGUACCGGUAUUCCUGCUGUAAGGACAAGUCCUUACUGUAAUAGCAGUAAGUCACCAUCUCACCACUACACUGUAAUGGCCAGCAGCACACGUCCGCCUCCUCUCGAUGCCAAAUACAGACUUCCUGCUCAUUGCUUUCUUCUCACAGACCCGUAUGAGUCUGGGGGUAUACACGAUCGAGGCAUUGCCUCCUGCGUGUGGUGUUCAUUCGCACGCCAUUAAUAUGGCGCGGUCAUUGGAUGUGCCCCCGGGUGGGGGCGUUUGUGGUACUCCUUUUCGCAUUUUCUUCAUCUUCUUCCUCUCAUGGAUUUGGUGAGGUCGCCUGAAUGGCAACCUCAGCAUGUAGCCUCAUUGGGUGACUCUAUCUAGAGUAUAUCCCUGGGGUACGCCUUUCGGUGCCUGCUCACUCCCACUACCGGUGUAUAUAUACACAAACACUACACCUGCCCAAAUACCAAUAACAACACCACCACCAACAUUUGAAAAAAAAGUGUCAACUAACCUAUUUUUCAUUAUUAUUGUACUAGAUUAAAAAAAAACAGUAUAUUUUUUUUGAGACAUGAUUACAUGAUAAUUUUAAUUUUUAACAAGUUUGCUGCGGCACUGAUUUUUCUGUACUGUCCUCUGGUGCGUUACGAGGUCUUUUGACCUCGUACUAAAACUUUAUGAGGUGCGGCACGAGGUCCAUCGACCUCGUAAAUAUUGAAUACACUAAAAUAACGAGAUCAAUUGACCUCGUACCGCAGCGAACGUGGUAAACAUUUAUCUGAUAACGCGAGCCAAAGCACUGUUACUCAUGACGCUAUAACUCUCUUUUAACUGUUUCAUGACGUCAUAUAAAAAAAAUGUACUUUUUCUGUUAGUGGCCUAAUUUACUAUUUUGGUCUUUAUUAUCUACAUAUUAAAAUAAACAUCAAAUCAAUUGACAAAAUAUAAAUGUAUAAACACAGGCACUGAAAUACACCAUGCUCAUCGCACAAAUAUUUGCAGUUGUGGGAAUCCACAGAUAAAGAAAGAAAGAAAGAAAAGAAGUUUAUUCAUUUUUUGUGUCACAAACAGUACAUCCUAUCUUAUAUUAUAUGACUGUCUGUGACACCAAACAGAAAUGGUUUACAGCUCAGCAUUAGCCGUUCAUAGCAAAAAAGCAAUGCCCAGCGCUGAUUAUCAGCUGAGACCCUGGUGACGUCACAGUCAGUUAUAAUUACAAACUAAUCAAUAAAUAAAAUAAAGAAUAAUAGACAAUAAAAAAAAAAUACAAAACUCAAAAACGAAUACGUUCUCGAGUCAGUACGACACGAAACGUCGCAUCAGUGAUUUUUAAUAUGAUUCAAGAAAAAUGGCGUCUUAUGUUUUUAAAUAUUUUAAAAACUGUUCACAAGAACCUCAGACCAAUUAUUGUAUAGGACCUGCCUCGCUAGACGUUAUUUUUCUGUCAAAGUAUAUGAUCAACGAUCUAAUGCGAUUAUAAAAACUGCCUCUAUAGAAUCGAUGUAAAAUAGUUGUAAUUGUGUUCGUCGGUUAAAGAGCUGCGUAAAAAUUCCUUUUUGUGUAAUUGAAUUAUGUAAAAAACGGGCAAAAACUUCUAGUUUAGUAUAAGAUAUAUACCAAAUCUAAGCUCGUUUUCUUCAGAAAAUGACAGACUAUUUUGUUUGUGACUAUGAGUGCGAUACAGGUCCUUAGAACUAAAGAAAUAAGAUGGAGUAUUUUUGGUCAUUAUUGAUUACUAUAUUAAUUUACGUAAUUGUUGUUAGUGUUAAAUUUUGAAAUACAAAUUAUGAAAAAUGUUUGUAUAUGCGGAUGUCAAGUAGACGCGUGACUUUUGUUUUUUUAUGGGUUUCACCGGCUUCACCAUGCUGUUUGUAAAGACUCAUUCUGGAUUUGUGUACGUAAAUAAUAUUUUUGUAUUAUAAGAAAGUUACAUAUUUUUGUUUGUAAAUAAAAAAUUGGGAGAAUAUAUAGGUUAGAUUUUUAAAUAAUUUAGUUUAUAGAUUGUGAGUCUGUCAUAGCCAGACCUUUGUGACUAUAAAAGCUAAAAGUUUGUCAUACCACGCUCCUACCUUAGACAAGUACGGUAGGCAACUAGUCAUCAUCAUCUCCUUACCCUUAUCCCACUUAUGUGGGGUCGGAAAAAUAUGUCAAUCUUUUCCAUUUGUUUCUAUUACUCGUCAACUCAUCAUCCACUCCUUUUACACACAUGUCCUCUUUCACACAAUCCAACCAUCUCUUCUUUGGCCUUCCUCUCCUCUUAUGACCUUCCACUUGCACAUUCAACAUUUUUCUAGUAAUAUGACUUUCUUCUCUACGCAUUACAUGUCCAUACCAAGCUAACCUUCUACUCCUCAAUUUUUCUGUCACUGGCGCCACCUCAGUGUUACCAACUCUCCAAAAUAUUUAUCCCUAAAGUUGGUGUCAAAAACCCCUAAAAUCGCCUUAAUUAUUGAGUUGUCCCCCUAAAAAAUAUAAAUUCAUAAUAAUUUAGAAAUAAUAUGCUGUCAUAUGUUUCAAAAGUCUAUAUUUAAUACAGACAAAAUACUACGUCUUUAUCUGAAGAUUCAGAUUUUUUGAAAUCAUACAUGUUGACAAUGAACAAAUUUGCCAAUUUUUUUUAUUCGAUGAAAAUUGCCUCCAAUUGCCUCAGAGUGGUUGUAGAAUAACGUAUUAUAUGUCGUUAUAAUUCGCUAGGCCAAGAAAAAAAUAUUAAAAUUACCAUCAAUUUAAAAAUAUUAAAGAGUCAAAAAAUCCCUCAAAAUACCCCUAAAAACUUCAGACCCCUAAAAAAAUCCCAUUUCACUUAUUUGCCCCCUAAAUCUGGGGGGAAAACCCCUAAGUUGGAAACCCUGCGCCACCUUCAGACUUCCUCUUAUAUACUCAUUCCUUAGGCAACUAGUACGAUUACUAAUUCCAGUCAGUAAAAUGACAAGCUCAACUGUCACUGAAAUGUCAUUUUACUAGUAAAGUAACAUUUUAGUGUCAGUAAAAUGACAACUGACUGGAAAGAAUCCUCCGACUAUACAGAAAUACAGAUCUAUACAGAAAUUUCGCCCAUGGUCUAUGGCCUAUGAGUUCAAAGCAGAGUUGGGCGAUUGGGGAAUUUUUUUUCAUAUUGUGAUGAGAAAAAUAUAAAGAAAUCAUAAUUGAGAGACUGUGGACCAUUGAAAACUGUUACAAAGUCAUCACUAUUAUCCAAACUCGAGAAUCGUCUACCAUACUUGUCUAUGGUAGACUUCUAUAAAAUGACGGAAAAUCAAGCUAUUACAGUCAAAAAUAAAAUGUAUUUUAUUUACGUUUUAUAUGUAUAAUUUGAUUGUAAUUAUAAUUAGUUCGUCUUUGUGCUUUGAAUUUAUAAUAAAACAGUGAGGUAAG